UACGAGAUACAACAGAGCUAGUAAUGUUGCAGCUGACUACUUUAAUCAUUUUGGGGUUAGCAGCAUGUGGUGUUGCUGAUGACGGAAAUACAUUAUCUGAGAAGAUUCCUGGGGAAAAUCGACAAAGAAGACUUUUAUUUUAUGAUGAAGAAGGAAAUCUGGUAAAAACGUAUUCUAAUCCUUACCUUACUGAUUUUGGUGGAAAAAACAAUAUUUUUUGGAACCUGAUGAAUCCAUUCUUUAGCUUUCUUAGACCCUCAAGCUUCAGCGGUUCUACCAUAGCAUAUAUGAUACCGGUAUCCGAUGCAGUGGUGCAGCAAAUCAACACUGAUCCAGUAUACCAGAAUAAACUAAUGUUGCUAUCAACACGUGACCCAGUGGUGGAAGUAAACCCACUCUGCACUGGUAAGAGGGAACCUAUCCCCUCACAGAAACUCUGUAGCAACUUUCUCAAUUGCUGGGACGGCUGGGCGUUUGAGCAGGAGUGUCCUGAUGGAUUACUGUUCUCUAAUAAUGGAUACUGUGACUAUGCUUAUAACGUGGACUGCAGUAAUAGAAAACUUAAAGAUACCAUAGUGUCGCGAUGUCGCCAAGAUUUCGAAACAUUUCGAAACGAAACGAACUGCAACGAGUUCUUCGUAUGUGUGAACAGUAUGCCGGUCAGAUUCAAAUGCCCCUCUGACCUUUACUUUAACCAGUAUCUAGGAGUUUGUGAUUAUAAGCAUACUGUGAAUUGUAAUUACUCGCCGGAAUCUUCUGAUCAACCUUCAUCAAAUACUCCGCAAUCGACGACAACAACUGCUACCUUUAUGACGAAGGCUACAACUCCAACAGAACAAAGUACAGCGCCUACAGCUUCAACUCCUGGAGCAGUUCAUCAGUUUAUCAAUACUUAUUAUGAUAGCAAAACUUGGACUUCAACACAUGUUGCUAUGUCACGUCAAGAUGCAAUUCGUCAAUUGAAGCUGAAAGCUAUUGCAGAUGUUAAAACAGCUGAAUAGCUGUCAA